GAUUUCCUGUUCACUUGUUUGCCAUCAUCUCAAGCAUUACACAAUGCCUAUCGCAUCUACGUGAACAUAAAUCCUUUUCACAAUCAAAUCUUGUGCAUCAAAAGAGACCUUGUGCAUCCAUCAUCCAUCACUGGCAUCACUACUCUUCAUUUGUGUGUUGCUCAUAAUGCUCCUGUCUCAGCAGUUGAUAGUUCUCUUGCUGAUCACCCUUACACAUGGCGAUGACUGUCCCAUUUUCUUCAACCCACCUAAAUUGGUUGUUGAAUAUGGAGCUUCAGCCUCUGUGAACUGCUCCACCAGCAUCAUAGUCGACGUCAUAUUCUGGAAUAUAUCAGAAGGAGCAGUGCAGGUUUCUGAAGAUUUGAUUUCCUGGAGAGUGAAUGAGUCGAGGAACUGGGAGUUAAAGCAAACUUGUUACAUCUCCUCUAAUAAAACAAAGUGUUCACAGAAUCUCACUGUUACUCUUUACAAGACUCCAGACUCUGUGUCCAUCAAAACUGUAAAUUACACAGGACCAAUGAUUUCGGGCGAACAGUAUAAGCUCCAGUGUGACAUUCAGGAUGUGGCUCCUGUUAAAAGUCUAAUUGUGAAAUGGUUCAAAGGAGAGAAUCUGGUGAAUUUCACCACCUUCAGUGACACCAUCAAGACUCCAGUGAAUGAAUCUGCAACACUCUUGAUCACUGCAAACAAAGUGGAUGAUGGAGUUCAGUACAGGUGUGAAGCAGAACUGGAACUGGGACCAGACGGACCUCAACCUCCUCCUAGAGUGACAUCAGAAUCUCUUAAUAUUAGUAUAAGCUCCCAAUGCCUUGUACAGCUCAACCCACCGAGAGUUGUCAUGAAGUACGACAGUUCUGUUUCAGUUAACUGUAGCACUACUGUCCCUCAUGGUGAGAUGGGAUGGGAAGCCACUGAGGGAAGUGUACCCUUGACCAAUGACAGUCUGAUCACCUGGAACAUACAACACCUGAGACAAUGGGACAUAGAGCCAAUCUGCUACAUCAACUAUAUUAAUGGAUCACAAUGUGAAUCACGUCUCCCAGUCACUAUUUACAAGACUCCAGACAGUGUGUCCAUCAGCACAGUGGAUCACACAGGACCAAUGAUUGAGGACAAACAGUAUAAGCUCCAGUGUGACAUUCAGAAUGUGGCUCCGGUUAAUAAUCUCACUGUGAAAUGGUUCAAAGGAGAGACUCUGGUGAAUUUCACCACCUUCAAUGACAAAACCAAGACUCCAGUGAGUGAAUCUGCAACACUCUUGAUCACUGCAAACAGAACUGAUGAUGGAGUUCAGUACAGGUGUGAAGCAGAACUGGAACUGGGACCGGACGGACCUCAUCCUCCUCCUAGAGUGACAUCAGAACCUCUCAACAUUACUGUGCACUUUAAGCCACAAAUCAACGUUUGUAAUGACUGGUCACCAAAGAUAUGGAGCUCAUUGGGUUCCUAUCCCUUAAAUUCAUCCUCUGUUGUGGGUAACCCUCGCCCUAACAUCUCUUGGAGACAUAGAUCAUCAUCUGUCAAUGUCUCCAAGCUUCUCGACAAAUAUGACUCUGGCCAGUAUAUAAUCACUGCCAGUAAUAAACAUGGGAACUCCAGUUGUAUCAUAAAUAUCACAUUAGAAUACCCCCCAGAGCUUAACUGCAGUGAAAACUACCAAAUAAAAGAGAAAACGCUCUUUAAACUUCCUUGCUUGGUUGAUGGAUCCCCAACUCCAGAUGUUUUCCUCUACAAAGAUGAUAAAGCUAUCCAGCUUCCAUAUUAUCCCACAUGUAAUGAUAGUGGCUGGCAUAAUUUAAUUGCAAGUAACAAACAUGGAACGGCGCAUCAUAAUUUCAUCAUCGACAUCCUGUAUGCCCCAAUGUUUGACACCAAGCCAGCUACAUUUACUGUGGUAGAAGACAGCAAUAUAACCCUAGAAUGCAGUUCCACUGGUAACCCAGAACCUGAAAUGUGGUGGAGUUUUAACAAUAAGAACAUCUCCACUGAGAGGCGCCAUCGUCACAUCACUUUAAACAUCCAGAAAGCCACGUUUACUAGUGCUGGAGUUUAUAAAUGUAGUGCCACGAAUGAAUUUGGACGCCAGGAGAAGAACUUCAUUGUGGAGAUAAAAGGCAACUUUCACAUUAACAUUGCAAUUGUAGUAGCAUUUAUUGUAGGCCUACUGCUUUUUUUGAUCAUCUUGUUAUUUCUCUGUGAGUGGAGAAGGAGGAAAUCAAGUGGACAUUAUCAAAUACAGUCAGAGAAGCAGUAUGAAAUGAGUCUUCUAAGCAAUGGUGGAGCUAAGUGAGAUUUGAUGACAAGAUAAAACAUACAUACAUACAUACAUACCCAGUUUUAAAUGUUUCUUUUUCAGAAUCCUCAAACAUGUUUCAUAGUGUACAGCAUGCAGCUGUAAUAUAAAUCCCUUAAAUUCACUAGUCACUGUACAAUCCCAAUCCUGAAAAAGUUGGGACAGUAUAAAAAAAUGCUAAUAAAAACAAAAAGGAGUGAUUCUUAAAUUAUAUUCACCCUUUGCUACAUUGAAAACACUACAACUAAACAUUUUAUGAUGUUUAGUGAACCUUGUGAAUUUCAUUUUCAUUUUUUAAAUGUUUUUAUGUACAGUACUUUCUUAACAGUUGAUUGCAACACGCUCCAAAAAAGUUGGGACAGUCGAGUGUUUACCACUGUGAAACAUCACCAUUUCUUCUAAUAACACUUAUUAAGCAUUUGGGCACUGAGGACACAAGUUUGUUGAGAUUAGAAAAUUGAAUUUUCCCUCAUUCAUCCAUUAUGCAGGUCUUCAGCUGCACAAUUGUACGGGGUCUUCGUUGUCGUAUUGUGCGUUUCAUAAUGUACCACACAUUCUCAAUUGGAGAUGGUCAGGACUGCUGGCAGGCCAAUCUAGCACCCGCACUCUCUGCUUAUUCGGCCAGUAUGUGGUGUGAAGUUGUCCUGCUGGAAAUGCCAGGAUGUCCCAGGAAAAGACGGUGCUGGAUGGCAGCAUAUGCUGCUCCAAAAUUUGUACAUAUCUGUCUGCAUUAAUGGUGUUCACACAGAUGUGUGAGUUACCCAUGCCAUGGGCACUGACACACCCCUGGCCCAUAUAGACACUGGCUUUUAGACCUGACGCUGAUAACAGCUUGGAUGGUCCUUUCCCUCUUUGGCCCGUAGAACAUGGUGGCAGUGUUUUUCAAAAACUAUUUGAAAUGUGGACUCUUCGGACCAAAAAACUCAGUUCCACUGUUCUACUUUCCAUCUAAGAUGAGACCAAGCCCAGAGAAGUCAGCAGCGCUUCUGGACAGUGUUGAUGUAUGGCUUCUGCUUUGCAUAGUAAAGUCUAAACUUGCAUCUGUGAAUGCAGCGGUGAGUAGUGUUGACUAACAAAGGUUUACUAAAGUUAUCCCAAGCCCAUGUUCAUGAUAUCCAUUACAGAUGAGUGACGUUUUUUUAAGACAGUGACUUUUGAGGGAUCAGAGAUCAUGUGCAUUUAGAAGUGGUUUUCGUCUGGCCCUUUACGUACUGAGAUUUGACAAGAUUCCUUGAAUCUUUUAACUAUAUUGUGCACUGUAGAGGGGUGAAAUGCCCCAAAAUCCUUCCAAUUUGUCUUUGGGGAACAUUGUUCUCCAAGUGCAGGAUUAUUGCUGAAGCAUCAGCUGGCAAAUUAAGUCUUGAACGAUCCUUGCUCUUGAAGGACUAGGCUGUUUUUGGAGGCACCUUAUACAGUAUACAUCUUCUGUUUCACAUUGCCUUGUUAUUUUAACUCGUCAAAUUGUUAUUAGUCUUAAAUUGCCCCUGUCCCAAUUUUUUGGAGCGUGUUGCAGUCAUCUAAUUUGAAAUUACUGUACAUAAAAAAUAAAAAUAUAAUAAUAAUAAUAAAAAAAUAAUAAUAAAAAAAAUUCAAAAGGUAAAACAUCAUAUAAUGUGUAGUUGUAGUGUUUUCAAUUUAGUAAAGUGUGAAUAUAAUUUACAAACCACUCCUUUUUGUUUUUAUUAGCAUUUUUCAUUCUGUCCCAACUUUUUUUGGAAUUGGGGUUAUGCAUGAUUUGUAUGAUUUUAGUUUUGGUGUAUAAAACAAAGAAAAUGUAUUAUUUUUUGGAAUAAUAAAUUCAUACAUACAUACAUACCUGAAUAAUAAAUAAAUACAUACCCAAUUUCAAAUGCUACUUUUCAGAAUAUUCUCAAAAAUGUUUUAUAGUGAGUGUACAGUAAUGCAGUGUAAUGCAGGUGUAAUGUAUAUCCUGAAAUGCCACUGUAUAUAAUUUGCAUGAUUUCAGUUUUAGGUGUAUAAAACAAAGCAAAAUGUGUUGUUUUUUUUCUUAAUAAUAAAUAAAUACGUAAAACAA